AUGUUUGCUACUACAAAAUCAGUAACGGAGGCGGCUCCUAUAGGUGAUAAGCCGAGAGGCCUGCAGACUCUGGCGCGGUUUCAGGACACGGACGCUAGGAGCGGCAGCGUCGGUGGCGGCGGCGCGCCGCUGACUGGCGCCAGCGUGCUGGUGCUGCGCUUCGCGGGCCUGUGGUCCCCACGCGGCCGCGCCGGCCGCCGGCUGUUCGCGCUGUACACGGCGCUGGUGCUGGCGUGCAGCGCGGCCGGCGUGGGCACCUGCGCGCUCAGCCUGCGCUCCUACUGGGGCGACGCGCAGCAGGUGUCGCCCAGCCUCGGCAACGCCAUCCUGCUGCUGGCCGGCAUCGCCAAGGCCGCCGUCUUCCUCUCCAGGCAGCGCGAGUUCCGCCGCCUGCUGCGCAUGCUGGAGCAGCUCGUCUCCAGCCAGGCCGAGUUCGCCAGACAGAUGGGCGAGGCGUACGAGCGGCGCCGCCGCCUGGCCCCGCGGCUGACGCUGCUGCUGGUGGGCUACGUGACGACCAUCUUCUUCCUGUGGGCGGCUCUCCCGCUCAUCCUGCGAGGCGUUUCCGCCCAGCGGCUACUGCCCUUCAGCCAGAUCCGCGGGAUCGACGCCGGCCCUCUGCCGCUCUACGAGCUCGCCUACGGCGUCGAGUUCGCGUCCACCUUCUACUGGAUCUACAUCAGCGUCGGCCUCGACUGCUUCUUCGCCAGCAUCAUGACGCACGUCACGGCCCAGUUCCGACUGCUCAACUGGCGUCUGUCUAGGCUGGGGUGGGACCACCAGAGCGACGGCCGUCCCGAAAUCACCGACGGGCCCGUAGCCUCGUGCGAAGCGCACCAGCCGCAAAAGACGGCCGCUACAGACCAUGUCGGGUACACGACACUUGUAAACUGUAUCCGCACUCAUCAACAGAUUUUAAAGUAA